AUUCUAUUGUUUCCCCUAAUGAGCCCAAUUCAUCGUUUUGGGCCUUAUACUGUGUUUCUCUGAACAAGGCCUUCGUUUCCAAAGUAGUUCUUUUUCUUUCAAUUUUAGGUAAGCUUUCACCAUCUAUUUUAAAUUUUUGCAGAAUAAAGCAGUAGAAAAGACAAAUUUCCAUCUCAUGUUAAGUUUGUUCCUUCAGAAAGAAGCAAUGGUGAUUGCACGUUGUUGGGGUUCCCUAAUUAAUGUGCCCUUCAUUGAUCAAGUCAAUUUCUUCGGAAGUUCUGAAAAAUCAAGACUUUUUGUGCAUUGAGAUCGAAAGAUCAAUAAAAACAAUCACAUCAUGUCAACAUUAACAGUGCCUUCACCCCAACCUUCUCCUCGCGAGGAUGCCCAAAACCUCCAUCGUGCCUUCAAAGGGCUAGGCUGCGACACGGGAGCAGUGGUAAACAUUCUGGCACACAGAGACGCAUCACACCGAGAUCAUAUCCUCCAAGAGUACGAAACCUUGUUCUCCCACGACCUCCGGAAAGUCUUAGCCGAUGAACUCCACGGCAAUCUCAAGAAAGCAGUCCUGCUGUGGAUGGAGAACCCAGCGGAGCGCGACGCCAUCGCGCUCCGCCAGGCGAUCAAGUCGGUCCCGCUGUUCGAUGCCCGAGGCGUGACGGAGCUCAUCUGCACGCGCACGUGCGCCCAGAUCCGGCAGAUCAAACAGGUCUACCUCUCCAAAUGGAGCUCCCUCGAGGACGACAUCAAGUCCCACGCCUCCGGCGAUCACAAGCGCCUCCUGCUGGCCUACAUCAACACCACGCGCUACGAGGGCCCCGAGAUCGACGCGCUGCUUGUCGAGAGCGACGCCAAUUUCAUACGCAAGGUGAAGGCCGGGAGCUCGUCGGACGAGGCCGUUUUGAUCGAGCUUUUCACCGAGAGGAGUAGGGCCCACCUUGUCGCUCUCCGCUCGGCUUACUUCACCAUGUACCAAAAAGAUCUCAGGAUGGCGAUAAAGGACGUGACGUCGGGGAGUUUCAAGAACGGGCUGUCGGCGAUCCUGCAGUGCGCCGAGAAUCCUGCGAAGUACUACGCCAAAGUGAUGAGGAAGGCGAUGAGAGGGCUGGGGACGCACGACACGGCGGUGAUAAGGGUGGUGGUGACGAGGGCGGAGAUCGAUAUGCAGGAGAUUAAGGUGGAGUACCAGAAGAGGUUCAAGAAGCCGUUGGUGGACGUUAUUCACUCCGAGACAUCUGGCCAUUACAGAUCGUUCCUUCUCGCCCUCAUUGCUGGAUAGCUAUGAGAAAAGAAACAAAUCAAAUCAAUGAUCAUCUCUCCAUGCAUGCACAUGCUAGAAGUUGUGAUUAGCGAUCUUUGUUUUGUAUAUGAAACAGUAAAAUAUAGUUGUCCAAUUACAACACUAGUGGACACACGGUGUAUUUAGUUGGUUGGAGAACCAAUAUUGGUCACAAGUCACAACAACGUAGAAUUAAUAUAACCGAUUUGGGCACAGGUUAUACAUAACAAUUCACAACAGUUAUCCAAUGCUUCACCUAGAUGUCUUUGUUUGUCUAUAAAUAGUCUUAUUCAUG